AUGGAAUCUGGAGACGAGAAACCUGUGAGCAUGAUCCCAAAUAUUCUACUAGAUGGAGAUCGUCUCAACAUGUUGUUAGAUAUCAUUUGUGCUGAUUAUAUUACAGCAUGCUAUGCUAGUCGAGAAAAUGGGAAACGUGUGGUCUUUAAGGCUUUAGAAAAACUUUAUAUCUCGGUACAUGUCGGCGCACCUGGUACCAGCGUUGAGACUCGUCGACUACGACCAUCACAAGACCAAAAAUUUCAAGAACGAGCUCAAAUAUUUUACGACGAUCUUAUGGCUGAGUUUCAUAGUCGAAAUCAAAGUAUUGAAAGUUCCAUAAACAAUCAUGUGGUUUCGUCGGUUAGAGGUCUUGAGGAUAGUGUCGUUCGAGAAAUUAUGAAACCACGAUUACUACAAAUAGUUGAUGAAGUAUGUCGUGAACGUGAGUGUCAUUUGAUUUUAACUGGAACUUCAGCAUUUUCGACAUCUUCGACUUGUCGAGCGACUACUACGCAUCUUGAGACUGGAAAUGAACAACAAGAUAUUAUGUUAUUACCUACAACGGGUGAAAUACGAAUGGAAGGAUGGCUACGUAAAAAGGGACAACAUGUGAAUUUAUGGCGAGAACGAUAUUUUAUGAUCCGUUCAACACCUGAUGGUACACAUUUUUUAUGUUACUUGAGAAAGAAAGGAGAUAAAGAGCCACGUGGAUGGUACGUUCUUGGACCAGGUACAACAGUUGAUGAAGUAAGAGAGUCACCUAGUAAAAUUGAGACUAAAAAGCUUUUUACGUUUCGAAUACGACACUUGAGUCAUACACCAAAUGAUGAAGUUGAUGAGAGUGCAAAUGGAGCAGAAAUGACACCGAAAACGACACCAUCACGAUUAAUAACCGAGUUACCAUACUCUCCGCUCGAUUCAGCUGCUGUUUUACAUGAUAUGGAUCCUGACUUGAAAGUGAACGUCAAGCGCGUGUCGUCUCUAUUAACUGGUGGUCUUGCUGGUGUUGGAAUUGGUGUCAUGGCUCAAAGUCGCAGUAAAGGUCCUAUUGCAUUAGCUGCUGAGUCAUUGGAGACGGCCAUUUGGUGGCGCAAUAGCAUUUUAGAAUGUAUAGCUCAAGCAGAAGAUCAGUGGAAACGCUAUUUAAAUUGGUAUAUGAAUCAAGAUCCAGAUAUGGAUGACACAAGCUUGAAUCCAUUAUUGGACUGCAGAUUGCCCAUUACUACGCUCAAUGGCAUUUCUAGACGACGAUCAAUGUCGUUGCAACCGUUUGGUAGUGCUGGAAAUCUUUCGCUUCAUACAACUAAUCGACAUCGCUCGGGCUCAUUUGGAUCCAUGCCACGAUCAAUUGCCAAGAGUUUUCGUACUUCAGCCACCUUUUCACAGGAGACAAGUUGGAAAUUAUACGAGUUUUCCAAUAAAUUACGCGUCGAUACUGAACGAAUAAGUUAUCAGAAUAGUCUGUUUACGUUUGCUCCACCACCAGCAUUACGUACAAGCUUAAAGGUUCAUGCAUCUCCUCGUAAGGUGUUUGAGAUGCUUAUGAAGGUAGAUAGUUCGUUCUACAAAUCAAAUCAUGUGAUUCAAGAAGCACGUGUUUUGGAAGAGCACACAAAAGAUCAUAGUGACGUGGUCUACUGGAAGCUUUUCCCCACGUAUCUCUGGCCAUUUUACGUGAGUGCUCGAGAGCUGUGUAUGCUCCGUUACUGGCGCAUGGAACCAGAUGGUUCAUACUUUAUUUGUUUUCAGUCUACAACACAUAGGAACUGUCCUCGUAAGACUGGAACUGUGCGUGCUAGUAUCAUGGGUGGUGGUUUUAUUAUCUCACCUCGUGUACAAGAAGACUAUGAUCACCAUUUUGAAGAGUGUUGGGUGACACUAACAAUACAAAUGAAUCCACACGGAUGGAUUGACUCCAAGCUAGCGCGUUCAUGGUAUUACGUUCAUGCUUAUGGCGUCUUUGUUUUGGAGAUGAUUACAGCAAUCACUGCAACUGCAGGUCUCCACACUCUCCGUCCAGGUACAGUCACUUCAACCUGUCAAACAAGUCUGGAUAGUCAAUUAGCCUCCAUAAAUCAGCACAAAAGCAUAGAAAAACAAUAUCUGAUGCUCGAAAGGUAUCGUACCGAUCUCACAGUGCAGCAUGGAUUGCCAACUAAAUUUUGGAGUGAGCCGAAUGCUAGUAGUUUUGUUGUCCGUGGACCAAACUACUUUUCGUCUAAGAACAAGGUCCCGUCAGUACGUCAGGCAUGUCGACUCGUAAGCGUGGAACUAUACAAGUCAAAUGAAAUGAUUCAACACAUUGGCGUGUCUUCUUUUGUCGGAGAUGGAUUUGAUACUAUUGAUGCGCCAACUUCAGCAAUAGAAGAUCGUCCAUUUAUCUUAAUCAUCAACUUUAUGCUUCCCGGUCCACUACAUCACUCGCUCGUGCUCUAUUUUACACCUGAAGACCCGUCCGAAAUGAAAAAGAAUUCUGUCUUUGCUGAUCUUUGCCAUCAAGUUCUACGUGGUUCGAACGAUGAAUUUCGUACACAGCGUAUUAAACUUAUACCACGUGUGGUGCAAGGCUCGUGGCCGAUUCGUGAAGGAGUGGGCACAACACCCGCUAUUUUAGGUACAAAGAUCUAUCAGAAAUAUUAUCAGGGCAAGAAUUAUCUUGAGGUGGAUUACGAUGUUGGUAGCAGUACAGUAGCUACAAGCGUCUUGAAUCUCCUGAUCGGGCAUUCUCGGGACUUAAUCAUUGACUUGGCUUUUGUAAUUGAGGCACAAAGCGUCAUGGAAUUACCUGAACGUGUAUUAUGUACUGUACGUUUAGAUUGCAUUGACUUGCGUCAUGCUGUGCCAUACGCGAUGUCAAGAUACCUGGCCACGAAAAAUUAA